GAAAAUUUUUAUUUUUUUUUCUUCAAAAUCUAAAUAUCCGAACCCGAUCCGAAAUAACCGAAACCGAACUUAAAAUACCCGAACCCGACCCGAAGUACAGAAAUACCCGAACGGGUUCUACACCUCUAUACCGAAAUAUCCGAAAAUCCGAAAUACCCGACCCGAACCCGAACGGGUACCCGAACGCCCACCCCUACAAUAUAUAAUGGUGAAAUUCGAUUCCCCCUUCUUUUAAACAACUUUAGGAUAUUUUGUACCGGUUUAAUAAACAUCAUCACUAGACAAAUAUUAUUGACUUGAAUCUUGCUUUUUUUUUUUGUGCAACUGACUUGAAUCUUGCUUGAAGUCUAAUUAUCGUAGCCUUGAGACAAAUUGGUUGGCCUUUGGUUGUUUAGAGUCAGUUUUCAGACAAUUUUAGAUAAUGUUUUUUCAAUACACAUUUACGUAUAGACGUGUACACGUAUAUAUAUGUAAGAGAAAUAUUUUAAAAGAAAGGAACAAAUAAUGAUAGAUGGAGUGGAGUAGUGGUAGAGAUAGAUGAAGGGCGAGCCGUAGAUUCCGUGAGGGACAGGCUUGCAUUGCACUUACCAUUACUCCUUCCCUUCCUUCAUUUAUUUUUUCUUUAAUAAUAUAUAUACAGUUUUAGAACAAAUUUAGAAUGCGUUUGAUUUGAUUUAGAACUAGAUUGUAGAUUAAAACUUGAUAGGAUUUGUCAGAAAAAUAAAUCAACAAUUACAAUGUAAGAUACAAACUACAUAUUCUCUAAGAUAAUUUUUAAAAUAGUGAAGUUUUAUCAUUGAAAUUUACAAAAACAAUCAUGUCUAAAUAUUAAAACUAAAUAUAUAAUGUUAAAUCAUAUAAUUAGAUAUACUUUUGUGAUAUUCUAUCUUGUAAUGACUAUUUUGAAGUGAUGCCUAAAAUUUGUUAACGUACAUAUCAAAGUGAAAACUAAUUUUAACAACAACAAAAAAAACUACUAAACUAUUUGAUAUGUGUUCAUACCCAAAAUAAAUAGGUACACAGAGUAACAACACGGAUAAUGAAGUGGAAUAAACAAAUAAUACUAUAGAUAUUGUCUAAAUUGGCACGUUUUGUUGCAAAUUAUUACACACACUCUUUCUCUCUCUUUAUCUCAUUGUCUUGUGAUUAGUUUGCCAAGUUGGGUAAAUACUAGAAGAGAGAGACAAUAACAGAAUUACUAAAAUUUUAGAGGCUACAAAAAGACAAGUCCAAACAUAUUCACACACUUGCAAAGUUUUUUCUUAUAUAUGUCUGGUGUCUCUCUUUGACUUGUCUCUUCCUAUAUCACUCACUAUUUAUGUAUCCAUCUCUCCACACAUCUCUCUCCAUCCCACACACAUCUUCCUCUUAACACAUUACUAUAUAUGCAUAUAUCUCAUUCUUAAACUUCUUCAUAAUCAACAUCAACACAAAUCCUCUUCUCCUUUAGUGAUCUUCAUCUCUUGAUGGAAGCGUUUGUAGAGGCCAUAGCGGCUUCAAAGGAGCAAUCAUUAAUCUUUAAAGGGAAGCGUACAAAGCGACAACGUCCACAGUCUCCCAUUCCUUUCUCUAUCGCCCCUCCUAUAGUUUCUUCCCAUGCACGUGACAUUCUAGAAGAAUCCAAAAAGGAUGGUGUGAUCACGUCUUCAUCUUCAUCAGCCUCUUGGUUCUCUAACAACAACGCAACUUUGAAGGCUGAAGAAGACGAGGAAGAGCAAGACAUAGCCAACUGUUUGAUCCUCUUGUCUCAAGGUCACUCUCUUCCCAUACCUAACCACGAAGCAAACAACAAUAACACGUUUAGAUUUAGCAGCAGGAGGUUUCUAGAGACUUCUUCAUCUAACGGUGGUGGCAAAGCCGGUUACUACGUUUAUCAAUGCAAAACUUGUGACCGGACCUUCCCUUCUUUCCAGGCUUUAGGCGGCCAUAGAGCUAGCCACAAGAAACCUAAAGCCACGUUAUCCUUAUAUUCCAACAUUGACGUUAAGAAGAAUAUCUACGAAAGUGACGCCGUUUCACUCGUCACAACCUCAACUAUUUACAAGAACAAUAACAAUAGAUCGCUUGCCGUGUAUGGUAAGGCUGGUAGCAAUAAGGUUCAUGAAUGUGGAGUCUGUGGAGCCGAGUUUACGUCCGGGCAAGCCUUAGGUGGCCACAUGAGACGGCAUAGAGGCGCAGUGGUUAUUGCUGCGGCGCCGGUUACCACCGUGACGGUGGCCACGGCUGCUGCCAACACGGAGUUAUCAUUGUCUUCUAUGUCGUUCGAUCAAAUAUCCGACGGUCAAGAUCAUUUGGUGAUGCCAGCUACAAAGAGAGCUAAGAAGACGGUCGUGUCAUUGGAUUUGGAUCUGAAUCUACCCGCAUCCGAAGAUGAGAAUCGGGUCAACGGGUUUACCUUUGCUUUGAAGCAAAAACAGGAACAAGAACAUCAACCAACGAUGCAAAGAGAAGAACCAAAGUGUCUUCUCAUGUCUGCUCCUACUUUGGUGGAUUGCCGUUACUGAUAAACAUCAUAACCUAAAAAAAACAGAAAAUCAUUUUAAUAUAUUUUCUUCUUUUUUAUUUACUGGGAAAGUGGUAAUUCAUUGUUUGUAUAUCAAAUGUUUUUUUUUGUAUGUAACCGAUUCUUUGCUUGUUAAAGACUUGCGAGAUUCUUUUUUUCCAUUGGGGUGUCUUUUUCAGAGGAAUUAUAAAAUAUAAUUACUUUGCUAGUUUCGAUUUGUUACAAAAAGAAAUGUGUAGAAAAAAUUGAUGUCACGUUCUCUUUAUACUUUUUUUUUUGAUUAAAACGUUCUUUAUACUUCUGAUCGAAAAAAUUAAUUUUCUCUCUUUAUCCCCGAAGAAAAAACUAAAGCUCAUGAUAAGUGCGUGACGAAGGUCGAGUCUAUUGUUUUAAUUCUUUUUCUGUUACAAUAAAGUUUAUUGCCAGUGGUGAUUGCUUACAAUAAUGUUGUCACAUUAUAUACUCUAUUCACAUUCUGUUUAGUUGGAAUGAAUGCUUUUCCUAGAUUCCUGGAUCUCAGUUGAGCAACAAUUUGAUUAUCUUCUUAAACUUUAUAAUACUUUAUUUACCUUAGAAAAUAUAUGCAUAUUCUGAAAUUACUCUCCGCCAAGAAACUAUAAUCACUUCAAUUUUAUCAAAUUUCAUGGAAGCAAACACUUGUUAAGAUAAAACUCUCAUAUAAAUAUUAACACAGUCAUUACAGAAUACAAAUCAGCUGGAAAGGAUAAAUAAUCACACUUCAAAUACAAGGCCUAGUAUACUAUUCACAGUAAAGAUUUAUCUAUCAUUGACGCCAAACGAAUGGGCCUCUCUGCCUAUGAUGCGGCCCACAGUACAUUAAUUCGAUUCCACGUAGGUUGCUAAAUUGGGUAAUUCGACACGUUAGAACGUUCCAGAGCAACAAUGUCGAUGACGUGUCACCUAACUAGACGCGGUCGCUGAUCAACUAUCACCUUCCCGUCACUGUAACCUCCUCUCCGAACUCACACCAUCGUGGACGAUUUUAAAAAAACCUUCGCCGCGUCAUUGCUUUCGUUUCUUCUUUCCACGGUUGUUUAAUUCCCCAAUGGCACCAUCGUGAUCGACUCUCUCUCUCUCUCUCCUCCGUCUUUCCCCCAAUUCUUCUCAAAACCCUAAUUUAAUCAGCCGAUAAAAUUA